UCUAAUGUACAUAAGUUAAAGUUCCGGCCGGAGUUCGGAUGUGUGUCUCCGCCUCAGCCAUACCGGCUCUUUGGCGACAACCUCGGGCAUGAUGGUCGUGUCAGUGCGGAGCUGGCUCGCCAACGAGGGAGGAAAACACUUUGUCCUGAUGCUGUGGUUGGGAGCUAACACCUGGCUGUUUGUCAAAACCUUCCUGCUGUACUCCACCGGACAGCAGUAUCACUACCUCUACAAGAUGCUUGGGCUCGGACUGUGCAUCAGCAGAGCCUCUGCGUCUGUGCUCAAUCUGAACUGCAGUUUGGUUCUGUUGCCGAUGUGUCGCUCCCUUCUCACGUUUGUCAGAGGAACACACACGGUAUCAAGCAGAAGAACACGGCGGCUGCUGGACAAAAGCAAGACCUUCCACGUGGCCUGUGGGGUUGCUAUCUGUAUCUUCUCUGUUAUUCACGUUUCUGCCCACCUGGUGAAUGUCGUCAACUUCAGUGGGAGCUACUCGGAAGACUUCCCUGCUCUUAACUUUGCUCGCUACAAAGGAGAGGACCCAAAGCGAAUCAUUCUAACCACUGUUCCAGGAGUCACCGGUGUUCUCUUGGUUCUCAUCCUUUUCUUAAUGUUCACUUCCUCCUCUUACUGCGUACGAAUAUACAACUAUGAGAUUUUCUGGUAUACACACAACCUUUUCAUCGUCUUCUACAUCAUCCUCAUGGUACACAUGGUGGGAGGAGCACUAAAAUAUCAGACCAACAUAGAGGCCCACCCCCCUGGCUGCUUACGAGCCAAUCAGAGUAGCACGGAGCAACAAGGGGAGGAGCUGGAGCAACGUGAGGAAGAGGACCGACCAUGCAGGGAGGAGGCUCACUUCCAGCCCCACUAUCCCCAGACAUGGAUCUGGGUGUCCGGUCCUUUGUGUUUCUACUGUGCGGAGCGUCUGUACCGCUACAUCCGAAGCAGCGAUCCCGUUACCAUAGUGACCGUCAUCAGGCACCCUUGUGAUGUCAUCGAGUUGGGGAUGUUGAAGAAGAACUUUAAAGCUCGUCCUGGGCAGUAUAUUGUUCUCAACUGUCCCAGUGUCUCUUCAUUUGAGAAUCAUCCCUUCACACUAACGGCAUGUCCCACAGAGAGCAAGGAAACUUUUGGCAUCCAUCUCCGGGUUGUGGGAGACUGGACUGAACGUUUCACGCAGCUGUUAUUUCCUGACUUGAGGACAGACUUGGACAUCCUCCCGGUGGUGCAUCAGAGGAGAUACCCCAAGCUGUAUGUGGACGGUCCAUUUGGAAGUCCAUCAGAGGAAGUGUUCAACUACGAUGUCAGCCUUUGUGUCGCCGGUGGAAUAGGAGUGACGCCAUUUGCCUGUGUCCUGCAUGCUCUGCUUGACGGCUGGAAGGGGUUCAGGUUGAAGAGGUUGUAUUUCGUGUGGGUCUGCAGGGAGCUUCAGUCCUUCUACUGGUUUGCUGAGCUGCUGUGCGCCGUACAUCAUAAGUUAUGGCAUGAGAACAGACCUGACUACUUUAACUUGAAGCUUUACGUCACUCGGACAGACAACCUUCAGUGUAUAUCUGAGGAGAAGUACCGGCCACUUGCAUCAAGGCUUUUGGUCGGUCGACCCAGGUGGAAGAUACUUUUAGAUGACAUUGGAAGGACUAACAGGCAUCAGCGAGUGGGUGUUUUUUGCUGUGGACCUAAAGGCAUCUCCAGGACGCUACACAGACUGUGUAACUCUGCACACUUCCAUGGAACCACUUUUGAAUUUAACAAGGAAUCUUUCAGCUGAUUGCAGCAAGGAAAGCAUACAUUUAUUCACGUGUUGGACAAUGGACUAAUGUCAUUGGGAUUACAUGGCUAGAUGAAAUAUAGCCAGUGUUUGCGACUCUAAAAGAGACUAUUUACGGACUACUUGUUAUUCCUGGUGAGAGGAUGUCACAACAGGACAAUGAUCCAGUACACAGCAAUGGGCUGUGGAGGUUCACCAGAAAAUGAGUGAAUUCCACUGGAUACCACUUAUUUGAAGAUGCUCUUCUUUUUGGAAGCUGUCAUUGGAUUUUUGCUCUUCUCUUUUCAUUAUUGACAUUUAUUCCUCAACACCAGUAUUAAUUUUGGGAUAUUUGGGAGUUAAUCUCUUAGUGGAACAGUGUUGACUUUUUUGACAAGAAGAAUAAUAAUCUUUCAUCCUGCUUUUACUUUUUACAUGCAUAUCCACACUGUUUAUGUCAUACCGUAUGUCGGACAAUACAGAAGGAAACUGACUGAAUCGUACCAAACACAUUACACAUGAGUUGUAUGAAUUAUUUAUUUUGUUGAACUGUGUUUUGUAUCAGUUGAUUUACAGUCUUCUGAAAAGAGAGCACUGAAUUUCAUUUUGGUGGCAAUAGCCUCAUCUCUUGAAACAAAAAAUCCUAUAUACAAUUAUGAAAAAAAUACAAAUUUGACAGUUGUUUUUGCACUCGACUUUCAUGAGCUGAGUUCAAAGAUCUAACUUCAAAAAUAUUUUUUAUUUGUCCAAAAGGUCUGUUUCUGUCAAAUACAGUAUUGUUACAAUGCUGUCUAAGUCUGCGUUAGUGAGCACGGGCAACAAUGUAAGGCCACUUUAAAAUGUGCAGUUUUACUGUAUUGGGGGUGUCCAGGUUGGUCAAACUCGAGGCCCAGAUGUGGCCUGCAGUGAUGGUCAUAUAUGGGCAAACAAAGUGUUGAGUUGCUAUUUUUGUUGAAUGCAAUUAUGGUAUGUGCAUAGUUCAUACUUCUUUACAAACUGAAGUACCACAGGCAACAUAAGUUGGAUUGGAUCAGAUUUUAAUGCAGCAACUCAGGCACAUGAGUUAGUGAAAGAUCACAUGCAUCACUAUGAUCCUUUAGCACCAGUGCUACCACCAAGUGUUGGAGCUUCGGUCAGUAUAAUAAAUUAUAUUAUUAAUUAUACAUUGCAUGAUGAAUGAGUGUCUGUAUUCAUCAUCCAAGGUAAUCUAUCUCACUUAUGUAACCUUAUCAGGAAGUCUAUGGAGCUUUAUGAAAGACAUUUGGCAGUGUAGAUAUGUAUGUGUCGUACAGUAACAUGUUUGUUGUGCAUUUUGUGAACUCUUAAAACAUGAGGCACAUUUUCCUGAAUUCCCUGCGCUGAUGAAAUUCUUUCAAAUCAUGAAUUUUAGUGCACCCAACUUGUCAAAUACACAGCAUCCUAUGUGAAAGGUAUUCUUGAUAUACUCUUUACAGCAGAUUCAUUAUGACACAUUUUACCAUGGGUAAAUCUUUGGUAUACACAAAGUACUACAAAGAUGGAGUUUACUUUACAAUCUAGGAGUAUUUCACUUCCACUGUGGUGGAUUAUUAUUAUGUCUGUAAUGAUGUGAACUGAUGCUAGAUUUGAUUUGAUCCAGGAAAAUAUCCCAUUGUUCCUCACAUUCAUGCGUUUGUGUAGCCCUGUGUGUGUUACAGAGUCGUCUGAUAGGAUGCCGAGCCUUCCUCGGAGCUGCUCUGAAGAAGUGGCUGCCGCUCUCCAAAAAUGGACGCUCUCUUCCUCCUCUGGCUCCGUCUCCACUUUUUUCUUGCGGCAAUGACCACCGCUGCAAUGACCACCGUGAUGAGCGCCCCCAGGAUGCCCGCUCCGAGCAACCACUGCCAGAUCUGCUGGGCCUGCUGGAGACGCAAGAGGGCAGUGUGGUCCUAGGAUCCUGAACAUGACCCAAAGCGGGUCUAAAACAUCACCCGAGUGACCCCUACUAUGAGGAAAAUCACAGUCAAAAUACCACCACAGGGGCGCGGGCGGUGCUGGAGCCUAUCCCAGCUGUCUUUUGGGCGAGAGGCGGGGUACACCCUGGACUGGUGGCCAGCCAAUCACAGGGCACAUAUAGACAAACAACCAUUCACACUCACAUUCAUACCUAUGGACAAUUUGGAGUCGCCAAUUAACCUAGCAUGUUUUUGGAAUGUGGGAGGAAACCGGAGUCCCCGGGAGAACAUGCAAACUCCACACAGAGAUGGCCGAGGGUGGAAUUAAACUCUGCUCUCCUAGCUGUGAGGCCUGCAUGCUAACCACUUUUCCGCCAUGCAGCCCACAAAACAACAAUAAAUAAUGUAAAUACAUACGACUGAUGAACAUUUAAGGUUACUUUUACCGUCAUUGAAGAUGUGAGACAAAGACAUAAUGCGACAUCAAGAUCAACGCCGAUACCACAUUAAUGUUUUGCCAUGAGUUAUUUUUCUCUCUCUCAAGUCUCUGCUAUUUUUUUUUAUUACAGCCGUAAAAUGGCCCAAAAUGGAGCCAAAUAAACCAGCAUUUUGAUAAAAAAUUUAACUUUAGCAAGUGACCAUAAUCAUACUAUGUGUAUAAA